AUGUUCAACAUUCCUCAGGCGACUGCCGAGUCGGGAACAUCAUCAGCAAUAAGUUACGAAAGCAUCCUUGUUGAGUAUUUAAAGAAGUCGUGGCUCCUAAAUAACAGGAAGGCAUUUGCACGCGUAGUAGAGUGCACUAUUCGUGCUCUCUCUGAGGAUAAGGCAGACACUUUGUCCAAAGUUGCAGGAAUUUACCUGCCACAAGUUACCACUACGGUCAGUUCUGUCCUUCAGGAGCAAGCUGGAGGAAUAUUGAACUACUGCAUUGAUGAGAAUUCCUUCAAGAAGCACUUCUUACCAGUUGUUGGUAGGAAACUUCUGCGGUCGCCGGAAACAGCCAUUCCUGUUUUUGAAGUGAUUUUAAAGGAACUUGAAUUAACAAUUGGUGAAAUCGGUGCGGAAAUAAUUGAUCCACUAAUUAGUAAUCUCAUUGCCACCGACCCAAGCAUCCGUGAAGCUAGUGUCUCUUCACUCGUUUCAAUCGCAAAACUUUGCAGUGUCCAAAGCGUCACCAUCGUCAUUUACAAUCGAGUACUAUCGAAACUUAACGGUCCUGAUGGUCGGCGUGCAUCUUUGGAGGUGAAACUGACGCUCCUUCACGCUCUCGGCAGUCUGUCACAACCGAAAUCGGGAAAUGCGAAGGCCUUUCCCGAAGUGCAGAGGAGUUUCAUUGAUAUGAUCACUUCUGAGGACAAUGAGGACAUGAUCGAAUCAUCCCUGAAACAGUUGGGCUUGUGGUUGAAACUGCCGAAGUUCUCGCUUAACGAGAAGGCUCAAACGACCAUUAAGGAAAAGUUGUUCGCGAAUAAGACCUCGCAUCGAGUGAAAAUGGCAAUCUUCCGGUUCCUUGAUGAAACUCGCCGAUCAAGUGGGAAGCUCCCUAAAGCUUACAUUCCCCUCCUCGCCACGGCAGCUCAAGCGGCUAAACAGGAGGUUCCUGCGUCGCCCCUUGUGAGUCAGGCGGUCGCAGCAGCAAGUUUGUGGCUUAUGAACACUAGCCAACCGGGCAAGAUUCCAGAAAAUAUGUGGUCUGUUCUGAGUGGCCUUAAGGUAACUCCCGAAGAUCAGGACUCUAUACCCUUGUGGCUCAAGGAUCGCUUUCUUCUCACCACCUCUCCGGAUGUUCAUUCCUAUCUCAUUUCGUGUAUUCAUAUUCUCUUAACGCACCACGCCAAUGAGUUUUCCCACACCCAAAGGGGUGCCUUCUAUCGCAUCCUCAUUUUGCUCUGGCUCUACACCGACUCACGUCAAGUCCUGGAGGACAUCCACUUUUGCCUCCUCAUCCACUUAGUCAAAGAGGGCAAGCGUAACCGCGUCGUCGGUCAAUCGAUAAUUCAGAACCACCUCAAUCUCUUGGUGUUAGAGUCCCUGAACAGGGCAAGCGAUCUCUUGGCCGCGGGAGUAGAAAAUGCACCGCGGUUUGGCCGACGUUUGGUACAGCUUGUGACCAUGGUUGGCAAGGCGGCUUCGGCUACUACUUUAAAACUUGUAGAGUCCAUCUUUACUAACUCGAGACUUACACCAGCUCUCGGGGAUUCAUUAAUUCAAGAGGCGUUAUCGGAAGGACAGAAAUUGGGCUUAUUUUGCGCCACUCUCUACCCUCUCAGUCAUCCACUUGCAGUCGACUAUAAUCGGAACGCAUGGAUAGAUCUUCUUUCGAUUAUCAGAUUGCCUCGCAAAGCGGAGGCAAUGGCGGCCUUCAAUGAAGCAGAAGGUAUUGAGGCCUUCAACAACGUCGUAGAUCGACUUUUUGAACUGCCAAAACUGGAUGUGGCGCAUCGCUUGAUGUUACAGCGCCUCAUAGAAUGGUCUCCAGUGAAAUUCGCAUCCCACUUGGCUACCCGACUCUGCUCUGAACUGUCAAAUUCCAAGUACACAAAUGUCACUGCAGACGAGGUUGGAAUAAUGCUAGCCCAACCUGGCACCCUUUACAAUCGAGCGCUCUUAGAUAGUCUCCCUCGCUAUCAGAUAAACAGGUCAAGCAUUAAGAGAGAAGGAAAACUAUACUCUCAUGAGACCCAAAUGGACAUUUUAGAGGCUCAGGCCAAGCAAAAGGAACGACGGCUAGCAGCAGGUGGCAAGGAGCCCGACUUUUUGGCCUCCGUUGCCCCACAAUUAACCCCGAAACAACUCGGAAUUAUCAAGGCUGAGAUGGAAAAAGAAGAGGAUAUACGCAAACGCAUCUCCAAACUCUUCACAGAGGGGAGUCACUUAAUGGAUCUUCUCACCAUCCUAAACGACACCCUUCUCAACGAGAAUGAGGACAGCCAGUCAGCUUCAUUCGAAUUUCUGUUACGCAAUUCAUUCAACCUUUGGAGCCUCACUGUCCAUCUUUUGCAACUACCUCUCCUUUCCCCCCUUGCUAUCGCUGCCCACAGUCGUCUCGGACGUCUGAUGGCCGAAGUGGCGAUGGUUCCUGCCGUUACCGAUGCAAGGAUACGUCGACAGAAGGCUCAGCACUUUGCUGCCUGGUCCAUCAGGGUUUUAAAACCGCCCCGAAUCUGUUUGAGGAACCAGCCACCGGUGCCCUCCUUCCAGGUUGCGUCUUUCGUCGAAGAGGAGUCGAUUUGCGCGGAAAACGGGAAGUGGCAUGCAAUCUGUCGACUUUUUACUCUGCGAGAACAGUCUGAGGUAGUUACUGAGUGUCUUCGAAAAGAUGUCAUAAAACGAACAGCCUCAGGGGCUAUCAUUAUCUCCGCUGCCAUCCCCAUUUUUGAUCAGAUUCUCGUCAAACAUUCUACUUUUGCACACUUUGAAGAGCUUAAAAGCACUGGGAAUGAGGAGAAAGAGGAGAAAAGAUGGGCUCUGUGUGCUCAUUAUGGUGGGUUUUUGGCUACUGUUUGGAACCAGGUUCGUCCAACUGCUGGUUUUUAUGAUAAUAUUGGCUCCUAUUCCAAGCUGUGUGAGGCACUGCAAUUUGGUGUUAUCUACAAGUUCUUACUGCACCUAAUUGAACAACACUCUUUGGCUCUGGAGUUGGGUCUAAUUGUUGAAGGCAACAGCAGAGACGAUGAUGGCCUGUCAGCCUUUUCUAACGAUGUGUUCCAAAAUACAGUAAAGCUUCACAUUCACUACCUCCUUUACUUGCUGCAAUACCAGCCAGAAAAGAGGGAAACUAUUCUGAUCUCUAUGACUCCCAUAGUUUAUGACCUAAUGGAACGUCUUGUAGCACCGACACAUUUCACUCGGUCCUCUGCCUUGACGGGCAUGAUUAAUCUAGCGAAACACUUCCCGGAUCUGUUCACUCACUCCCUCUCUCCUCCUAUCCUCACAACUAUCGUCGCUGUCCCUAUCGCACAUGGCAACAACGCUGAAGAUCAACAGGAAAAGCAGCAGUCGGAGGAUAUUGCUUCUGUCGUCGCCAUCACAGGUGCAAAAUCAUCCGAUGGAAAUCUGAACAGAGUGCAAAAGAAGAAGAGGAAGCGAGCUGCCACGGCGGUCGUUUCUAACAAGGCCAUGGGUGAGGGAGAUUUGCGUAUGGACGAGAGUGUCGCAGACCCUACUAGCUGGCCCACUCUCUGUCUCAUUGCUAACAGCCAACUGAGACUCUUUAUCUCUCGGUGCGAUCCCUUUGUGGAGGUGGCUAUCGAUGCUGACAGACUGUGGACUGCUGUGGGUUUGCGUGACGGUUGUGAAUCGGAGAAGAUGGUGGUGAACGCAGAACCAGUUGAUGAUGAUCAGCAGGACCAGCAACAAGAACAACAGCAAGAGGGGAAGAUUGGAGACGAGGAAGAGGAGAAAAGACCAAAACAGCAUCAUCUUUUUGUCUUGCUUCAACGUCCACGAAACCCUGACGUUCUUUCUCCCCCUGUACUGGCAACUCGACUUCUUUUGGAGUGCCUUCGAAAAUCUGCUGACAUCCAAAAGGCGUCUGCCUGUGCCCUUCAACGGUGUCUCAAUGGGAAGUCUCAGGACGAGAUUAAUCGUGUUAUUGACUACUGGCUGGAGGUCUACCGUUGCCUAAUGGAAAAAUCUCAACCGAAGGUGGAUGCUCACGGGAAGCCGAUUGAACCAUUGCCACCAAAGUACACCAAACAGCGAGUUGGUCUUGCCCAUGCUCUUGAAGCUAUAGUGACUUGUUCCCGGACACCGGGCUACUAUCUGGCGUCUCAACAAGAAGCUCCCAUUGUCAUAGAUGUGAACAUUAAGCAGCAGAAGGCUGGCAUAUGGCUCCAGAAAAUUUUUCGAUUUCUUGUGGAUGAGGGUCUACACGACUCGCAGGAGGAAGUGCGCUGCGCCCUCUUGCAGGCUGGUCUUGGAGCCACUCGAAAUUAUGGAGUUACGAAUCUGCAGCAGCUACUUCCAGUUCUAGAGGCUUUUUUAAACAAAGCGCCGAACAUAGAGGAGCUGGAUAUGGUCCGACAGUCAGUUGUUGUUCUUCUCGGCUCCCUAGCGAAAUACCUUGGGCAGGAGGAUACUCGAGUUGGAGUUAUUUUCAAUCGUCUUCUUUCAGCUGUCAGCUUUCCCGCUGAUGUGGUGCAAAAGGCCGUCGAGGAUGCGAUGACCCCACUGGCUCCGAAGCUACCCAUUGAGCAGUUAGAGAAAGUUUUCCCUCGUCUCAUGACUACGCUUUUCUCCUCUUUGGGUUACGCGGAGAGGCGUGGAGCUGCGUACGCCUUGGCUGGCAUCGUCCGCGGAUGUGGUAUUGCCACAUUGAGGCAGAGGGGCAUCAUUGAUAGGCUUUUAGCUGCUCUGGAAGACAAGAAUCCAAAGUUCAAGGAGAGUGCUCUUUUCGCGUUUGAACGCCUGUCGCUCGUGCUGGGGCGACUGUUUGAACCCUAUGUGGUGAAGCUCGUUCCCCAACUGCUCAGUUGUUUCGGAGAUCCAAACUUGGGUGUUCGUGAGGCCGCUUCAGUUACCAGUCGGGCUGUCAUGAGCAAAAUCAGUGCUCACGGCAUCAAACUCAUUCUACCACUUCUCCUCAAAGUCAUUGACGAGGACAAUUCUUGGCGAACAAAGUGCCGUACGUCUGCUUGCACCCCUUCAUGUGUCUGCCUCCACGGGGAGCUCACUUAUCCUUCUGUACCUGUAGAGGCGGUCGAGGUAUUGGGCACAAUGACUAGCUGCGCACCCAAGCAACUCUCCUCCUGUCUGCCGCAGAUUAUGCCCCGCAUCCUCACCGUGCUGAUCGACGCGCAGGUGAACCUCAAGAAGGCCGGGGCCUGUGCCCUUGAACGCAUAGGAACAGUUAUUCGCAAUCCCGAGGUUCAAGCCCUCGUGCCCUGCCUGAUCAAAAGCCUGCAGGAUCCACUGACCGACAAGGGGACGUGUCUCCUGACUCUGCGCGAUACCUGUUUCACCCACGUGGUGGAUGCUGCCAGCCUGGCGCUGAUCAUGCCUGUGCUACACCGCGCCUUUGAUGAUCGCUCCACAUCGAUUCGCAAGGCGGCGGCGCAGAUCUUUGGCACUCUCUACAGGCUCGCGCGUCGAGAAGACCUCGAGCCCUACAUUGUACAGAUCCUGCCUGGUCUGCGCCAUUGCCUCCUCGACCCCGUGCCCGAGGUGCGCUCCGUCACUGCGCGCGCCCUCGGUGCCAUGGUCCGAGGCAUUGGUGAGGCCUGCUCCAAGGAUCUUCUGCCAUGGCUAAUGACGACGCUGACAUCGGAGCAGUCCUCGGUGGACCGGUCGGGCGCUGCUCAGGGCCUGGCAGAGGUACUCGGUGGAAUGGGUCUGCCGCGACUGGAGUCCAUCCUGCCCGAGUUCAUUCGCACUGCGGAGUCCACCAACGUGCAGCCUUACGUGCGCGACGGAUACCUCAUGCUCUUCAUCUACCUGCCCGAGGUCUUUCGCAACGAAUUCUCGCCCUUCAUCGCGCCCAUUCUCUCACCCAUUCUCAAGGGUCUUGCUGAUGAAUGCGAGUACCUUCGUGAGACAGCCUUGAGAGCGGGUCAGCGUAUCAUCGACCUUUUUGCAAAUGAGGCCGUGGAACUGCUGUUGCCCGAAUUGGAGAAGGGCUUGCUCAGCGUUGAGUGGCGCAUUCGGCUCUCGUCGCUCCACCUCACCGGUGACCUCCUUUACAAACUCUCCGGGGUCUCUGGAAAGGGAACCACAAGGACCGCCGACGAGGACGACACAUUCGGGACGAAUGCAGCAAGCGAAAAAAUUCUUGAGACGCUGGGGGAGGAGCGACGCAACCGCGUGUUGGCGCGUCUCCACAUUGCACGCUCUGACCCCACCUAUACAGUGCGCAACGCGGCCAGCCACAUCUGGAAGAUUGUGGUGGUCAACACACCGCGCACUCUUCGCGAACUUAUGCCCGUUCUCGUACAAUUACUUCUUACCUCCCUGGGAUCUACUUUGCGGGAACACCAGCAGGUGGCUGGUCGGGCUCUAGGUGACCUUGUGAAAAAGUUGGGUGAGCGCGUUCUUCCUGAGGUGAUUCCACAUCUGGAAGAAGGCCUCAAUUCGCCAGACGAAAACAGGCGCCGUGGUGUCUGCAACGGUCUCAUCGACAUUAUGAACAACUGUCAGCCAGAACAGAUUGCCUAUUUCUCCGACCGUCUGACCUCGCCAAUUCGUCGAAGCUUGGUCGACCCCUCGGCGGAGGUUCGUGCUACCGGCGCCCGUGCCUUCGAUCUGCUCUAUAGCGGUAUUCACCUCCGAGCUAUUGACGAAAUUCUUCCUGAACUCUUUGUCCUCCUCGACGAUCCACAGAGACGUGAAUUUGCUCUAGACGGCAUUCGCCAGCUCCUAGCCAUCCGAGGUCGAGCCCUGAUGCCCUACCUCGUGCCAAAGCUCACCCAUCCCCGUCUCGACGCCAAAACUUUUGCGCAUCUCGCCCCCAUUGCUGGGGAUUCACUGGCGCGCCACCUCGACCGCAUUCUGCCUGCCUUUCUAGAGGCCGCGGUCGGUGUCGAUGCGUGCGCAAAGGAAAGUGCGGAUCUACGCUACUGCAGUAUCGUUCUUGCCUCUAUUAGUGAUACCACCGCUGUGCGGUCCAUUUUGCAGGAACUCAUUACCGGUCUCUCGCUUAGUGACUCCAACGCUACACAGAUUGAGUUCACCAGUUUGAAGCCCAAUACGCCGGAGUACUGUUACGCCUGUCUGCGUCUUCUUCACGUCUACUUGGAGGCCUUUCUUGUGGAUAACGCGGGAGAAGAGGAGAGAGAACCCCACAUGAUUUCUGUGCGUAGAAAAGUUACAAAUGUUAUAACGGAGGAAUCCGACAAUGAUGAUAGCGAUGGAGAAAACACAUCAAGAGGACGAAGUGGUGAUGACGAUGAUGAUUUCAUGGCAAAAAAUAAUGCGGGUGAUGACGAUGGCAGUGAUUCAUCAGACGACCAUGAUAUGUUUCCUCGGCCAAGAGAUCCCAAGGAAUCACUGAGAUGCCUGCUACCUGAUUACUACUCACCACUUUUGCGAAAUCUCUCCAAGCUUCUCGCUGUCAAGGACUUACCAUUAAUGACCUUUGCUUGGGCCUGUCUUGAGGCCAUUCUCAAGUAUUGGUCCACCAAUUCAAUCUCCGGUGACAACGUGAUUGAGCUUCAGAAGGCCAUCAAGACGGCCACUGUGGACUUUGUGAGCAACCAAUUGCGGUUGCAGCGUGAGCGCGCGCAGGACGUGGUGGCAGGACGACUGAUGCUACUACCAGGCUUCUCGGAGCCCACUCUGCCGCUGCCCUCUCUGGUGCGCUUCUAUGCCGACUGCAUCCUCCAGGGUAGCAUGGACGCCAAGGAGCCCGCCGCUCAGGGCCUCGCUGAGUGUGUUGCCCUAUCCAGUGGCGAGGCCAUCCAGCCCUGUGUGGUGAAGGUUCUUGGUCCCAUGAUUCGUCUGCUUGGCGAACGGCAACCACCCGUCGUCCGAGCCGCUGUCACUGAAAGCUUAGCCACACUUGUUGAAAAGUGUCCAACUUCCACGCGUCCAUUCUCACCGCAACUGCUAGUCACUUUCUCGAAGGUGUUGGGGGACCCAACGAAAGAGAUUCGUCUUGUAGGCGGUCUGGGCUUGGCCAACGUGCUGGCCAUCUCACCAAAGCUGGACUUCAUAUUGGUGGACAUCUGUACCAUUCUGGCCACCACCUUCGACGUCACCAUCGCCAACCCACCUUCCAGCCGGCCGCUUGGACUUCAUCAACAGAUACUCGCUGCUGCGGCUACCUACGCAGACACUAUGCUUCAAUGUCUGCGCAACUGUCUACAAAAGUCUAGUGGGAAGCCAAAACUGACUACCCUACGCACCGUGAUUGACUACUUGACGCCAUUGGGCUAUCUUGCUGACGGCGCGGGAGCGGGAAAGAUCGACCCGACGGUCAAUCUCGCUGACGUCCGAAGGGCCGCCAACGCCUGUAUAGGCGCCUCCGUCGCCUCUGCCUCUGUUAUCACCGACGUGACUGCCUCGGACGUUAUUGGCUUAAUGCCGUGGUGCCAGUCCUCCGCCAAUAUUCUGGAAACACCACUGGUCCUCCAAAGCUAUGCUCAGGCGAUAAUGGUAGUUUCAUUGUCGUCACCGAAGACGUUGGUUCAGAGCACCUUCGAGGAGGUCUACGAUCAAUGUCGUUUUACCAUCGCCAAGUGCUGCACCAGUGAUCAAAUUGAGGUGCGCCAAGCGGGCCACCGAUCUCUAGGAUUCUUCCUUCAUGCCUCGAUCGUGGCCUCCAAACCAGAUGAUCAGAUUUCGAAUCUGGUUAAAAUUAUCGCUCAGGGACUAAAGCUGAACCCGCCGGAAGAUCGCAUGCUGGUGGCGAAGAUAGUCUGCUGUAUAGCAAGUCGGAUCAAUCUGCGCAGCCUCCUCAAGGGAACCGGCAAGAGUCGCACCGAUCCCCCACCUGCAUGGCUCUUAAACCUCGUCAACGCGCUGUGCAUCGCCUCAAAAGACAAGAAUGCCAAUGUCUGCACUGCCGCCGAGGAGGGCAUCGUGUCGCUAUGUCAAAUUGGCGGGUCUAGUUGUGAGAAAAACGAUAUCACUGCGCUCAUUACCAAGAGCUUGAAUCCGAAGGAAAAGGUGUUGUUCGAAGAGACCCUAGCUCGAGUACACAAGAGAGCCAUCGGUCCGAUCUGGAAUCGCGAAACGCGCUGGAUCGACAACACCGAGAUAUACCUACCUUCGCACACCUCAAGCUUUUGA